CUUGCAAUUCCAUUAUUUCUCAGUUUAAAGAGAAGAGGAUCUUCUAGACUUGUCUCUCCACAUGUUGCAGGAAUGGACAAAUGCUUUUCACUCUCCUUCACUGUAAUUUUACUGGGAACAUUAGGCUGGUGUCUGGCAAAGGAUAUUACAGUGUAUUCAGGACAACUAGGAGAAACACUUAAUAUUGUUUGUCCAUAUCAACAACGUGCAGAUCGAUGGAAGAAGAAAGUAUGGUGCAAAGAAGAUGAAGAUGGAUUUUGUCAGUCUGUUGUUAGUGUUCACUCAUAUUGGAUAAACAUUGCGAAAAGAACAAAUGGGAGUGCUGACAUCUCUGACAAUUAUCAAAAGGGUAUUAUUAUAAUCAAUAUGACAAAUCUGCAAAAAUCUGAUUCUGGUGUUUACCAGUGUAGGACAGUCACAUUUGGUGAUGUUAGCACUCUGCAAAGGAUCCAAGUGCAAGUUCUUGAAGACCAACAGAAAGAAAGUGUUUCAGAACUUGAAAAUACACAGUACAGCAUAUCUGGGUUACCAUCCGAAACCCAAAUCCCUGUAAUGUUGGUUGUAAUUGGAAGCAGCCUCAUCUCAUGCAAGCUACUUCUGUUGGGAUUCCUCUACAUCUGGUGGAAAAGACAUGAAGACAUCUACUCAACUAGUGUGGACCAAGAACCAUUUACUAUGCCUUUGUCAGCUGGUCAUUCAGAUGUUGAAUAUUCUCUACCCACUGCCAGAGAGGAAGAUGAUGACUCUCCACAGUAUAUUAACUACAUACAGAUGGGAUAUCUAAACCAAGCACAUUAUCAACAAUAGAUAAUUCACAUUUAAAAGGGUUCUCCAGGAUUUACAAUAAACAUCCUCAGGGUCUGUUUUCUGGGACCCCCGGCGAUUAGCUGCACAAGUUCAAUGUCCUAGGCCAUGUGACAUCACAUUAAUUGGUCACAUGGCCAAGUUGCAGCUCAGCACCAUUCAAGUAAAUGGGGUUGAGAUACAAUACCAAACAUAGCCACUAUACAAUGCAUGACGUUGUCAGGGCCGGCAACUGGGCCUUGAUCCUCUAAGGCCCCCUCCCCCCGCUUCAGUUCCACAGAUGGCAGAACAGUCCAGAAUCCAGAGUGGAGAAUUUCCCAGCUUAGGAGUCCCUGCUCUGACUCCAUAUAUCAGUCAGUGAACAUUAAAGGGGUAUUCCAAAGUGUGGUCAUUAUGCUUAGGGACACCCUGUGUAUAUAAAUCUAAUUUAAACUAUUUUAGAAAUUUCUCUGUGGGGAUUCAAACUCACAACCAUCUACAUUGAAGGCAAGAACCUUAACCACUGGGCUAUAGAGCUCAAUGCUAAGUCAGAGAAACUCCUAUGGGGUUCUUAACACAAGAGAAACUUCUAUGAGGUUUUUCAGCAAUUAAUUAGCAUUAAGAUCUUAUUACUCAGUGGUUAAGCUUCUUGACUUUAAAGGGGUUGUCUCAUCAUGGACAAUGGGGGCAUAUCACUAGGAUAUGCUGCCAUUGUCUUAUAGGUGUGGGUCCCACCGCUGGG